AUGGCUCUUGAUAAGGCUAUUAGGAGGAAGAUCAUUUGCCUUCAUAAUCAAGGAUUGUCUGAGAGGGACAUAGCUUCGAGGUUGCUAGAGGCCAAAUCCACUGUUCAUGACACAGUUUCUCGAUACAAAAAGACUGGGACAGUUGAGAUCAAGCCUCGCAAACCCAGAUUUCGACCUGUGCGAACCAGGCAGCUUGUUAACAAGGUCAGAAACAAAUUAAUCCGGAAUCCUCACAGAAGCCUCGGGGAUAUGUCCAAAGAGUAUGAGAUCCCAAAAACCACUCUAAGAAGGGUAUUAAAAUUCGACCUCAAGAAGACAUGCUUCAAAUUCACUCGCAGGCAAGUGCUCUCUGAGGCCACUGUGGCCAAGAGGUUGCAACGAGGCCGCAUUAUUCGAGAUAAGAUUGCCUGUGCUCCACACCCUGCCACAAUUUGGAGUGAUGAAAAGAUUUUCACAGUCCAAAGAGCUUGGAACCGUCAAAAUGACAGAUUUUAUGCCUGCAACCUUGAGGACAUUCCCCUCUACAAUAGAUCAGUCUUUAUUCGCCAGCAUCCAGCCCAUGUGAUGGUUUGGGCAGGGGUCUCUGAUGAUGGCCGCAAGACUCCUCUUGUGGUCAUCCCUGAGGGUACCAAGGUCAACUCAGAUGCUUACAUCAAUCUUUUGGAAGAGGAGUUGCUCCCUUGGAUUCAACAACAGCAUUGGGAGCAUGGAUAUGCUUUUAUGCAAGAUGGGGCUCCAGCCCACACCUCCAAGAAGACUCAAGGCUGGUGCAAGGCCAAUUUGAUGGAUUUUUGGGACAAGAAUACUUGGCCACCUUCCUCUCCAGACUUAAACCCGAUGGAUUUUUCCAUUUAG